AUGAAGCGUGUUUCAAAUGUGAAAAGGCAAUGGCGAUUACUGCAGCGCAGAAUAAAACUUGCUCCUACAGUAAUUUUAGAAAAUGACCGCAUUCUAUUUCAAUCAGCCGAUGAUGGUGCUCGCGAUGCGUCUUUCGGGACGCGAACGAAAAAAAAUCAAGCAAAAGCCAAGAAAAAGAAGAAAAAGGCAGAAAUUAAAGCGCCGCCUGUAAUUGGCAAAGAGGAUAUUGAAGUAUCAAGUGAUGAAGGCGAAGGAAAUGCGCUCGAUAAAAUUGAAAAUGACGAAAAUGAGGAUAAACUUAAAGAGUUGUGUAAACUGCAACAAAGUAUUGACGAUUUUUCAAUGAUAAUCAUAAAAAACGGAGUUCGCCAGAAGAUUGUUGACGGAAAAAUGGUGGUGCAUGAUCAGCAGCCAAAAUGGGCCAAGGCUCUACGGGAAAAUGAAGAUGAUGACAAUGAUCCAACAGACGAUGAUGAAGCUCAAAUUGAAGAAAUUAUGGACGAGCAGGAGAAGGCUUAUCAAAAGUUGCGGCAAACCAUUAUUCAUCACGAAAAUAGAGAACGGAAGCGUCAAGAACAGUCAAACGACAAAACAUUCCAAGUUUUCAGUCAGGACCUUCUGAAAAGCUUGAAUUCGCAGCAGAAUAAGGACGCGAAUGAUACGAGACUAUCAAUAUUCAAUUAUACUCCGAUUCGAGGAAACCGCAUCAAUAAAUCAGCGCGACUUGCCUCCGUUUCGACAUUGAUGGUAUUCUCGCCAUGUCUUGAUCAAGUGAGCACGCCGAUCGAGAAAAAUUCGAACGCCAAACCGUCAAACCUCAAACAGCUCGAGUUCUCAUGCUCAAGUGUGUUUCCGGAAAAUGAUGCUUCUACAGCAAAAUCCAUUACGAAAUGCUUGGAUUCAACGGCUGACGAUAGCGAUGAGCCGAUGCCUUAUUCAUCUAGACCGUCGUGCUCAACUGCUGUCGAGAUUCAACAAGAAGAUCAGACUUUAAAGGCGCAGAGCCCGGAAAUGAGCCCUACCACUCCGCCAGUGGAAAAACGACAACUACGGAGCAGUGCUGCUUCACAGGCCGACGCGAAUACCGCGAUUGAGCCGACGAUGGAAGCUGUUGUUGAAAGUCGACUGCGAGGGCGAAGCGCUGCGAAAAAAUCAGUACUAGCUUCUCGAAAAUCGGCGAGAAAAUCGGAAAAACCACCGCCGGCUGAACGCAUCGAUGACGAUGGAGGUGGUGCGGAACGAAAGAGCCCGAGACCUGCUGAUAGCUCGAUCACCGAAGCUCUCGUCUCUUCUGGUGACGAGGAUAAGAGGACGAGGAAGAAGCGGAGAACUGGAGAAGAUGAAAGCGAUAAGGAGAACGGGCCGGAUGAAUGUCCGCAGAAGGGCGGCCUUCAACCGCAGAAGCAGCAACUACAAAGGGAAGCGAGAAUGUCGACGGCGACGGUGGCUUCGUCGAGACGAGACUCGAUUCAAAGCCUUCUGGAAGAGGUGUCACUCGACGAUUUUCUCGGUGAUAAUGCGACACUUGGCGGAUCGAUGAUGAAAAGCUAUCUGAGCAGGAAUCAGACGAAGAAUAUAACGGGAAUCACCGAAUCGAGAGCCCAAACUGCCAUGACGGUCAUGAUUGAGGACCCGUCGAUUGUACCGUUUUACAUAGCGGACCUUUCUUUGGGAUUGCAUGAGAAUGACAUGAAGCAGCUUCUUCAUAUUUUGGGCCAACAAGCGCCGAUUAAUUGGAAGGAUAUGCCGAAAACAAUGUUCAUGCCGUCGAAAGUCAAGAAGUUGGGUGAAGGAUCGUAUGGCGAAGUGUUUGCGACGACCUAUGAGCAAGAGCCGAUUGCGUUGAAGAUUGUCCCGUUCGAGCCUGACGCCGAGAAUCGAUUGUUCGACGGCGAGGUGAAUGGCGGCGAGAUGCCGUCGUCGGGAAUGCUCAUCCCGGAAAUUGUCGUCUCCAAAGAGCUAUCCGGCCUCAGGAAUUUGGAGAACGACAACGCGACGCCCAACUUCAUUCAGGUUGUCGCCAUCAAUGUUGUUCAAGGAUUCUAUCCGAACGGCCUGCUCAAAGCGUGGGAUGCGUAUGCGCAAAAGAAAGAGUCGCUCAAUGAUCGCCCUAGCGAUUAUUCGAGCGAUGAGCAAUGCUUUGCAACAUUCGCCUUCGAAAAUGGAGGAUCAGAUUUGGAAAGCUUCAAGUUCAAAUCCGAGAAUGAGAUCCGAUCGGUGUUGAUCCAGCUCAUGCUCUCGCUGACCGUUGCCGAAACUGAAAUCGAGUUUGAGCAUCGUGACCUCCAUCUGGGAAAUGUGCUUGUUUGCAGAAAACAAAUGGAAUUGAGGUAUAAGCUGAAUGGCUCGGAAAUGAGCGUUCGCUCGCAUGGAGUAAAAGCGUCGAUCAUCGAUUUCACGCUAAGCAGAAUGAAGAAGAAUGGAGCCACCGUUUAUCAGGAUCUUCAGAAUCAGGACAUUUUCGAUGGUGAAGGAGACGAGCAAUUUGAGAUUUAUCGAAGAAUGCGGGACAAUAAUGGAAAUGACUGGUCCAAAUUCCAUAGCUGCACCAAUUUGUGGUGGGUGCAAUAUUUGGCGAAAAAGAUGAUCGAGCCACCGAUUUGUCCUAAAGGUGUUCUGACAGCAAAAAGGAAAAAGGAACUUGGAAAUUUGUUCGCCAGAUUAGGAGAAUUCGGAAAUUGCCGACAAUCGUUUGCUGAUGCUGAAUUUUAUAGUGAAUUUUUCAAAGGAUUCAUUCAAUAUCAUUAA